GUCCCACGCAAAUGAUGUAUCCUCACCAGUCGUUCUUUAUUCACUUCAGUUUUAGCCAUUUUUGAGCUGCUUCUGAAAAAGACGCAUAUACUCUUUCUAAUAUUUGGCAUUUCAUAUUGCCUCAGUGGAUAUGCAAACUAUGAAGUAAAAUUGAGUUUCAGACGUUUUUCCAAUAACGGCCCACUGAACGUCCGUGAGGAAAUCAAUUGAUUGGAGUCUUUGAAUGAUUGGCAGUUGUUGUCUUGUCAUGGGUCCACUUUUCACCCACGCAGUAGCGGAUCGGGAAAUCAAUCUUAUUUGUCAGGUAUCAACAAAUAGGUGUGCAUUUGUGAAACGUGUUGUUUUUACCAUUGCAGUAUCAUGCGCCUAUAAAAAAACAACAAAAGAUGUAACCUGUUUAAUAAAGUAGUAGGGAUCGUUAUGCGAGAAAUGUAUUUGUGGACGACCAGCACUUGCCGUCAAUAAGGCUUGCCUUUAAUAUGAAUACUGAAAAUUGUUACUCGUCAAUAAUUUAAGUAGUCCAAGUGUGGCAGUUUCAACAUUGACCCAUAUAAAACCAAGGUGGCCUAAGAAAAUUUUCUUGAAUUUCUGGAUUUGAAAGCCAAACUGUAACCGUAACCUGACUUGUUUGUUUCCCUCACAUGCAGUCGCAGGGUCAGCACUGAAGUCAAAUACAAAAUAAAGAUGAUACAUUUAAUUGUAAUGAAUCUUUAUAUAGUACGUGAAAUUGUUUUGCUCUUUUUGUUUCCUUUUCAUGAGCUACGUCCGUGUGGUGCGCUUGAGUUCCUCUCGAAAUUUCCGCCAUAUUUCUCGUCGUUGUUGUUGUUGUUGCUGUUCUCGGGUCAGCGUCGAGGGGCGCCUCCCUGCGAACAUCGCGUCGGCGUUCAGCCGCCUGAACUGAUCCCGGACCAGCUCCGCCUGUGGCGUCUUCUCUCGCCGGUCUCGCGAGAGAAGCCGCCUCUUCGCCGCUGGAGCGCAAGCGCCGUCCGAGAAGUGUCUGCCGCUCGCUCGCCCGCCCGCCCGCUCGGUGACGGCCCUCCGUCGGUUAUUCGGCUCGCUGACUCGCUCGUUCGCUUCCUCGCCCGCCGCGGUCGCCAUGCGAAGGUUAUUCCGCCGCUAUAUCCGCUCCGACGUCGCGCCUCCGAGGCAGCCGCCGUUCCCGUUCGCCCGCGACUUCGGCGACGCCGUGUAGCGAACGGAGCUCAGGUGGCCGCGGUCGUCGGUCGGGCACGUGCGAACCGAUGGAAGCCAGUCGGGGCUGCCCCGGGAUUGACGUUGACGUUGGCGACGGCGGCGACGACGGCGACGUGCGCCAGGCGGCUCGAUGAGUGUCCAAAGUAGCAGCGGAAGUUUGGAGGCGACGCCAUCUUGGCCGCCGACGACGAUUUCACAACAUUCGAAGCUCACCGAAGGUCGGCCAAAUGCUUUGUCCUGAAAUAACCUCCAAGAGUCCCCGUUGUUGUGUGCGCGCGCUGCUUGACGCUUCCCGAAAGCGAUUCUGUUUGAGGGGAUGUGUGAUGACGGCAGCCGGAUAAUCACGCCAACAUCUGCAGCAUCAGGAGGCGCUGACGUGGACGUGGACGUGCCCUGCUCGGAGGCCCCAUGGAGGAGGUGCACAGCCUGGACCCGCGCAGGCAGGAGCUCCUGGAGGCCAGGUUCACCGGAGCCGUCGGCGGCAGCACGGGCAGCGCCAAGGGUCUCGCCAACGAGUCUUCCGACCACAGCUACGGAAGUCUCGGCUCAUCCAGCGACAAGGAGUCUGAGACCCCGGAGAAGAAGCAGCAGCAGCAGCAGCACUCCGACUCAUCCCGAGGGAGGAAAAGGAAAGCGGAGGCCUUUUCGGAGAGCAGUCAAGGCAAGUCUUCUACACGCGGACCGAAGAUCAGCGACUACUUUGAUUUCCAGGGCGGAAACGGCUCCAGUCCGGUCCGAGGCCUGCCGUCGGCUCGCCGCUCUCCGCAGAGCUCGGUCAUCCGCCAGAACAGCUCCUCCCCCACCAGUUUAUGUUUUGCAGAACACAAUCCCAGAUCCAAUAAAUUUGCGCAGACGGAGUUGACGGGACUGAAAAUCGUUGCUCUUGAGAGCAACAAGAGUCUCGACCUGGAGAAGAAAGAGGGACGAAUCGAUGAUCUUCUCAGGGCCAACUGCGACUUGCGGAGGCAGAUCGACGAACAACAAAAACUCCUGGAGAAAUACAAGGAGAGGCUCAACAAGUGCAUCACCAUGAGCAAGAAGCUUCUCAUCGAGAAGAGCACCCAGGAGAAGCAGUCGUGCCGCGAGAAGAGCAUGCAGGACCGCCUCCGUCUGGGCCACUUCACCACCGUCAGACACGGCGCUUCCUACACGGAGCAGUGGACCGACGGCUACGCCUUCCAGAACCUGAUCAAGCAGCAGGAAGGCAUCAACCAGCAGAGGGAGGACAUCGAGCGACAGCGGAAGCUGCUCGCCAAGAGGAAGCCGCCCAACCCGGCGUCGCCCUCCCUCGCUGUGGCCUCCGCCUCCGAAGCCAAGCAGAGGAAGGCCAAGGUGGUCAACGGCAACGAUUCGGACCCGUUCCUCAAGCCGUCGCUGCCGCAGCUAUUGACCCACGCUGAGUACCACGAGCAGGAAGAGAUAUUUAAACUGCGCCUUGGGCAUCUGAAGAAGGAGGAGGCCGAGGUCCAGGCGGAGCUGGAGCGCUUGGAGCGGGUCAGGAACCUUCACAUCCGAGAGCUGAAGAGGAUCAACAACGAGGACAGCUCGGCGUUCAAAGAGCACCCCACCCUCAACGAAAGGUACCUGCUGCUGCACCUGCUGGGCAGGGGCGGCUUCAGCGAGGUCUACAAGGCGUUUGACUUGUUCGAGCAGCGCUACGCAGCUGUGAAAAUCCACCAGCUCAACAAGAACUGGCGGGAGGAGAAGAAGGAGAACUACCACAAGCACGCGUGCAGAGAGUACCGGAUCCACAAACAGCUCGACCAUCCCAGAAUAGUCAAACUGUUUGACUAUUUCUCCCUGGACACCGACACCUUCUGUACGGUUCUGGAGUUCUGCGAAGGCAACGACCUGGACUUCUACCUGAAGCAGAACAAGCUGAUGUCGGAGAAGGAGGCCCGCUCCGUCGUCAUGCAGAUCGUCAGCGCCCUUCGCUACCUCAAUGAGAUCAAACCUCCCAUCAUUCACUACGACCUCAAACCGGGUAACAUUUUAUUAGUGGACGGGACGGCCUGCGGAGAGAUCAAAAUCACCGACUUUGGCCUGUCCAAGAUCAUGGAUGAUGAUAAUUACGGCGUGGACGGGAUGGACCUCACGUCCCAGGGAGCCGGAACUUACUGGUACCUCCCCCCGGAGUGUUUUGUGGUGGGCAAGGAGCCGCCCAAGAUUUCAAACAAAGUGGACGUGUGGUCCGCGGGGGUUAUUUUCUUCCAGUGCCUCUACGGGCGCAAGCCGUUUGGUCACAACCAGUCUCAGCAGGACAUCCUGCAGGAAAACACCAUCCUCAAAGCCACGGAGGUCCAGUUCCCCGCCAAGCCGCAGGCCAGCACGGAGGCCAAGGCAUUUAUCCGCCGCUGCCUGGCGUACCGCAAGGAGGACCGCUUCGACGUGCACCAGCUGUGCUCCGACUCGUAUCUCCUCCCCCACAUGAGACGCUCCAACUCGUCGGGCUCGCUGCAGCCCCCCGCCGCCGCCCCGCCGCCGGCCGCCUACUGAUCGGCUCUCGCCGGGACGGCCGGCGGCGGUGGAUCGUCGGUUGCGGAAUUUUAGCCAAUUAGCGAAGCAGGCGAAUGAAAAGGAAACGGCAAGAAAUGUGGCGGACAGUCGUCCUCCGCUUGGAACGCGCCAAAGCCCCCUCGGGGGACUCUUGAACAGCUCGCAUUCGCCGGCCGCCUGAAGUUUUGUCAGAAAAGCGGCGGUUGGCGCCUCCCACUGGGGGACUCGGGACUAGUUUGUGUCUGUGAACAAACGCAAAGGACGCAGAGUUCGUAGUCGGCACCUUUGGAUCCACCGGCGGCGGCGGCGCGCGCCAGCCCGAGAUUAGCGGGUCGGAAACAAGGAGCGUCUCGGGCCUCCCUCCCGCUGCCGGCGAAUUUGCGUGAAUGCUGGCGUCGU